AUGGGUCUGUAUACGAAGCUUGCUGACGAUAUCGAUGAAGUCGAUGUCAUCAUCGCCGGAGGCGGAACCGCCGCCUGCGUCGUGGCUGGACGUCUAGCAGAAGCCGACCCAAACCUCUCGAUCCUCGUCAUCGAAGGAGGCCCGGACAACCGAGGCAUCCAGAACAUCGAGAAUCCCGUCUUCUAUCCUGAUCAUUUGCUACCCACUAGCAAGGCAACCAUCUUCUACAAAGCAAACAAGGCAGAACAGCUAGCCGGCCGAGAAUGCAUUGUUCCCUCAGGCGGCGUGCUGGGUGGAGGUUCAUCCAUCAAUUUCCUCAUGUACACCCGCGCCCAACGAUCUGACUUUGACUCGUGGAACACGCCCGGAUGGUCGGGAGAUGAAAUGCUUCCAUUCUUGAAGAAGUUCGAGACGUACCACGGCAAAGGCAACCCAGAGCUUCACGGGUUCGACGGUCCAAUCCACGUCAGCGACGGCACCUUUCGCAACACAAAAGUCGAAGACGACGUCCUCCAGGCUGCGGCGGCCGUUGGAUGGCCCGAGAUCAAGGACCUCCAGGACCUGGACAGCAACAAUGGCUUCGAGCGCUGGUUGCGUUACAUCUCGCCCGAUGGCAAACGACAGGACACUGCAAGGAAGUAUCUGCAUGACAAGCUCGAAGGGAACAAGUACUCAAACCUUCACAUUCUCGUCGAGUCAAAGGUUGUUCGAGUCUUGCUGGAUGACCAGAAGCGAGCUAUUGGUGUUGAAUACACCCCCAAUCCGUCGUUCCAACUCCAACUUGCUGCCACCCAACAUCCGAAGCGCACCGUCAAGGCUCGCAAGCUAGUGGUUGUCUCAUGCGGUGCCUGUGGCACACCCUCUGUCCUCGAGAGAUCAGGUGUCGGUGACCCCAAGAUCCUCAAGAGAGCGGGCAUCCCUGUUCUUGUCGAUCUGCCUGGCGUAGGCUACGAAUAUGAGGAUCACAACAUCAUCCUCUACCCGUACAGGACAGGUCUUGAGUCACACGAGACUGCUGAUUGGAUCUUCAGAGAUUCAGAACAACGACAAGCGCUAGUUGACUCAAACCAUCCACAGAUUGGUUGGAACACAGUCGAACUCUCAUCCAAGUUGCGACCUACCGAGGCCCAGGUCGAUGAGCUUGGACCCGAGUUCCGAGCUGCGUGGAACAAAGACUUCAAGCAUGUUCCAAACCGUCCACUGAUGCUUACGGCUGUCAUUUCCGCUUUCUAUGGCGAUCUUGCAACUGUUCCCAUGGGACAAUACAUGACCAUCGCCAACUACACUGCGUAUCCCUACUCUCGAGGGCAUCUCCACAUCACUGGGCCUGAGAUUACUGAUCCGCUUGACUUCAACGUGGGUUUCCUCACAGACAAGGGUGACAUUGAUCUCAAGAAGCAACUGUGGGCUUAUAAAAGAUCCCGUGAGAUUAUGCGACGAACCGAAUUAUAUCGCGGCGAGAUUCCUGCUGGCCAUCCAACCUUUCCUCCUGGAUCUAAGGCGGUUUGUGUCGAUCUAAGCGAGAGAUUGGAAAAUGUCAAGGACAUAGAGUAUUCUGCAGAAGAUGAUAAGGCCAUCGAGCAGUUCAUCCGCGAGCGGGUUGAAACAACAUGGCACUCGAUCGGCACAGCCAAGAUGGCCCCUCGUGAGAGGUUUGGUGUCGUGGACAAGGACUUGAACGUCUGGGGGACAAAGGGUCUCAAGCUCGCUGACUUGAGCAUUCCGCCGAUGAACGUCGGAGCGAACACGAACAACACGGCUAUCGUGAUCGGUGAGAAGGCUGCGGAUAUCAUCAUCAAGGAGCUAGGGCUUGGCAGCAAGGGAGCAAAAUUGUAG